CACACGUAAAGUUAUCAGAGGUGCUAUCUGAGUAGAUUCUCAUUCUGAACGACAACAUGGUGGACCAGCGAUCGGCACGCUACCUUACUGUGAUGAAAUGGAUUGGACUUGUGAUCGGAUGUUCGGCAAAGUUCGUGUCCGGAUCCUUAUUUGUAUUUAAUGCGUAUCAGGAUGCUCUCAAAUCAACAUUCAACUUCACCGCCAAGGAGGUUCAGCUGCAAUCAUCCUUCCUAAACGUCGGCCUGGGGAUCGGGUUCCUACCGGGGAUGUUUUACGACCGAUUUGGUCCCCAGUGGUGUUCGGCGGUGGGGCUAGUCCUCUCCCUGUCGGCGUACUUACUAAUAUGGAGCACCACCCGGUACAUCAGGUUCUAUAGCUCCCACAGCUGGCUGAUGGCGAUCUAUUUUUUCCUCUGUGGUAUCGGAUCUGUGUUUACGUACAUGGUCGCUCUCAACACUAACGCUCUUAACUUCCACCCAAAACAUCGUGGUAAAAUCGUGGGAAUCCUCAACGCUUUCUUCGCAGGCAGUCCAUCUGUUUUCUCCGCGAUAUAUUUCCAUGUGAUUGGGAAGGAUGACCCUAAGAGCGCAGACAGUUUCUCUACCCUGAUGUUGGUGUUCGCCGUGUGUUUUGUGGUCAUUGACAUUCUGUGUAUUGCGUUCAUGCGAGUGUACCCACGUAUUGAGUCUACAGAAAACAUAGUAUCAGAGGUUCCGGCAGACGCCUCCCGUGAUGGUCAAUACGUAAACAACAAAGUUUUCGUAGGUGACGAUGAAAAAUAUGAUUUAUCUGAAGAUAUGUCUGUGCCUAAGGAUAACGGAAGUUUCGAAAAUAUUGAUACUGCUAAGGUAUCGGCUAUAGAUACUACAGUUCCGGGUGAUGGCAGAAGUCCUGAUGACAAGUCCAUAUUAAAUAUCUUCAUUUCUCUUGACUACCAGCUGCUUACGUGGUCAUUUACCCUGGCGUCCGUAACUGGUCUGGUGUAUACGAUCGCCCUAACACAGACAACGGCAGCACUAGAUCUAGACGGCCAUAACGCCGACAUCGUCAUAGUCAUUCCCAUCACCAACGCUGUCAUCAGUACCGCCAUCGGCGUGAUUUCUGAUCACUUCCAGCAAAGGUUGCCCCGUCUGGGAAUCCUCACAGCGGGGAUUAUGACGUUCGUUAUUUGUCAGUGUCUCGUGGUGGGACUGGCUGACAAAUAUUCAGUCCUUGUCGUUGCCACAGUGUUUAAUGGAGUUGGACAGGGCAUUAUCUGGUCCAUCGCCCCGGCUGUUAUGAGUGAAAUGUUCAGCAUUAACAACCUCGGUCGUAAUUGGGGAAUUGCCCUGCUUGCAGCAUCUCUAAUCGGUCUUGCAGCCCAGGAAGCGUUUGGUGCGCUCUACGACGCGGCGAUCUCCGUCCCUGGGGAAGUGUACUGCUACGGAAUGGGGUGUGUCCGUGGAGGACACGCCGUGAUCCUCGGGAUGUCCGUACUCGCAAUGAUACUUGGCAUGAUACUGAACGUACGGAGACGUAAAAAGACAAAUAUGUAAAGAAAAAUAAACAAAUGUAUGUUAAUAUGAUACUUGGCAUGAUACUGACCGUACGGAGACGCAAAAAGACGCGAAGUGAUUGAGGAGUUACCAGGCAGAUGAGACCCGGAUGAACAAAAUAAUUACCUUUGUUUCCACUUAACCUGGUUUCGGAGGAAGCGAUAUAGUAAACCCUUUUUUUAUAAAGUAACGUCGGUUAUUUCUCUUAGGUUAAUAGACAUACACAUGUAUGUUAUUUCAAAGGGUUACGUUAUUCUAUCAUAAACACCAGUUUAACAUAUAUUGUAUCUGUACAUAAAACAUAUUUAGGUCAGUAUACAUUUAUUUUGGUGGAAAUAAAUGACUUUACCGAUUAUAUGAAGUUUACAACGUCAUUAAUAUGUCACAUGCACUGAUUUUUUUUUCUAUCUUUAACAUCAACCUACAACGGGACACCAGUUACCAGUGGGGACACAAUACUUUGUAAAAUAUCGUAUUCACUGUUGGAGUAAAAUCAUUCUUUAACUCCACA